AUGCGCGAUUCUUCCGAUGCACAAAAUCCAGCGCAGGUAGAAAUCGUGCAUCAAGGAGGCAUCAAGCUUCCAGAUUGCGGCAAGAUCAUCGAAGCUGGAGCAAAGGAGUUACUCAAAGUCUAUGAUAUCACGAUUCCCUACUAUGAUAAUAUUCGAGGAUUUCUCUUUGUUGACCCAAACUCGACAGAUGGCGCUCGCUUCUGGGUGAAGUACGGCCAUGCUAGCCAGGCCCUGAGAUCCGAAGCACGCACUCAGGCGUACGUGUUUGCCGAGCUCUCAAGAAUGAAUCCUAAGACGAGGGGCCGCGUUCGGGUCCCACAAGUUCACUGCUUCUUUGAGGCCGAGAUCGAUGGAAACGAAUUGGGAUUCAUUGUCAUGGAAUACGUGACAGGAAUAGCUGUCAGGAAGAUCGUGAACGAACAUCAAUCCGUCGUGGACGGCUAUUACGUGGAUAACGAGAAGACUAAACCGUUCAAAGACUGGUUUGUUGAUGCCAUCUGUCUGCUGCUGACUCUCCAGCCACCACCUGGCACCACUCCUGGACCUGUUGGCGGUGGCAGAAUUUAA